GCCACGAGCCUGCCGCAAGCAAGAAUCUCACUUGGGGGUGUGGGCAGCAUGGAAGGCAACAUCUCACUUCUUCCGUAUGAAUCUGAAAGGACACUCCAUGAGUCUGUUGGCUACCGUGUUCUGUGGAUAUUCCCAAUGGUGCUACUCUCGGUCACCUGUGUCCUGGGUGUGCUGGGCAAUGGGCUGGUGAUCUGGGUGGCUGGGUUCCGGAUGGCAUGCACAGUCACCUCCAUCUGUUACCUGAACUUGGCAAUAGCCGACUUCUCCUUCACCACCACCCUCCCUUUCCUCAUUGUCUCCAUGGCCAGGAGAGGAAAAUGGCCUUUUGGCUGGUUCCUCUGCAAGUCGAUUAACAUAGUUGUGGACCUAAACCUGUUCGGCAGUGUCUUCCUGAUCGCUCUCAUCGCUCUGGACCGCUGUAUUUGUGUCCUGCAUCCAGUGUGGGCCCAGAACCGCCGCACCGUGAGCCUGGCCAAGAAGGUCAUCGUCGGACCCUGGAUUCUUGCUGGAGUGUUUGCUUUGCCAGCUUUCAUCUUCUCAAAUACAGUAAAUGAUGAACAAAGGAAUGUAUACUGUUUUGUCUCCUUUGAAUCUUUGGGAUCCACAGAGGAAGAGCAGGAGAAGGUACUAUUUGCAAUAUUACCACCUCUUGGGAUUGUCCGGUUCCUUAUUGGCUUCUUUAUGCCCAUGUCCAUCAUCUUCAUGUGCUAUGGGCUCAUCACUGCCAAGAUUUGUAGAAUGGGCAUGAUGAAGACCAGCCGUCCCUUUUGGGUCCUCACUGCUGUUGUGGCUUCCUUUUUCAUUUGUUGGUUCCCCUUUCAACUGAUUAUGCUUCUAGUCUCAGUCUGGGCCAAAGAGAUUGAAACGUAUGAAGAUGAGCUCAAUGUACUCCUGAUACUGAUCCCUCAAGCAAUGUCCCUGGCCUGCUUCAACAGCUGCCUCAACCCAAUACUCUACGUCUUUGUGGGUCACGACUUCCGAGAGAAACUGAUCCACUCCUUACCCAUCAGACUGGAGAAGGCCCUGAGUGAGGACGUGGUCCAGACCAUUGACACAGCCAUCAGUUCUGGGGCACCUGCUGCAGAGGUGGAGUUAACAGCAAUGUGAGGAGGAGCUCAGAUUUGUGCCUUAUUCUACCUACCCCGAUCCCACCUCCAGCUUUAUUUCACCUUGAUCUAUGCCCUAGAAUAUUUGAUGUGGAAAAUUACUUCUACAUCCCCUGAUUUGGAGGGAAAGAAAUAAGAUAGUGGGCUCUGUCGGUGUUUUUUGUGUUGUUUUGACCCAAGAGUGUAUCCUGACCUAUGUGGAUGUGGAGCAAGAAUACAGCAGAAAAAUGAAUGCUGUGGACUCCUGGGACUUAGAGAAGAUCGUGCAAAUUAAAACUUAAUUUCACCAUUAGGUAAAAUGCUUGCUAUGAAGUUUUUGUACUUUGGUAAAGGGGCCACCGGAGAUUGAACUCAGGAAGCACUGAGCUGAGGCUCCAAAGCCUU